AUGGUUUCGUCGAUGCGGCAGUACACGGAUCAGGCAGAGGCGCCCUUGUCCCUCUCCCUCUCGCUGUCCCUCGGCGCCAUCGCCGACCGCAGCAAGAAGAUGCGCCGCGGCGCAGAUGGCGAGUUCGUGUGCAAGACGUGCAGUCGCUCGUUCCCGUCGUUCCAGGCGCUGGGCGGACACCGGACCAGCCACCUACGCGGCCGCAACGGGCUCGCGCUCGGCCUCGCUGCCGGAUACGAUCAGCCGGGGAGCAAGAAGAUCACGGAGCAGAAGCAGGCGCACCAGUGCCACGUCUGCGGGCUCGAGUUCGAGACGGGGCAGGCGCUUGGCGGCCACAUGCGGCGGCACCGUGACGACGCGGUCGCCACCACGGCGCAGGCACCGCUCGUGCUGCUCCAGCUCUUCCUCUAG